CACCAAGCACCAAGCACCAAGCACCAAGCACCAAGCACCAAGCACCAAGCACCAAGCACCAAGCACCAAGCACCAAGCACCAAGCACCAAGCACCAAGCACCAAGCACCAAGCACCAAGCACCAAGCACCAAGCACCAAGCACCAAGCCACUGGCAAAGACCCAAGAGCAACACACAAAACAUAACAACACAAAGGCACGCACCAUGUCCAGCGUUGGUGAGACGGCCAAGGCCAUCAACGACGCGUGCCACCGCAGCGGUGGCGUGUAUGCGCAGUACUCGUGCAAGUACGUGUCCUGGGACGACGCGUGCCGCGGUACCGUCGGCGGCGGCCUCAGCUGCUGGGGCGCAAACAUCACAGACACCUACCUCAAAGGCCGCGACGGCAGGAGCUUCUUCACCGUGCGAUCGGACAACUGGAACGAGAAGCUCGGCUGCAUCUCCUCAGACAAGAUCGCCGUCGUGGUUGGCAACCACGUCGCUGGCGGCGACGCCGAGCUCAAGCCCAUCACCCUGCGCUCCCUGCUCAAGAACCUGGGCUCCUACGGCGCAUACUGCAAGGUCCCGGAAGGCACGGACCUGAGCAACGACGAGCUGGACCAGAAGGUCUCCAUCCGCUUCCAGACCACCUUCCUGCCCGUGCCGGAGUCCGACGCCAAGCGCGACAAGGUCGAGUUUUGCACCGAGGCGUACAACUACAACACCCGCUCUGACGACGACCCGCGCAACCUGCUCGUCCUCGGCACGACGCAGGGCAUCGCCAUCCAGCAGGACGGCCGUGGCGCAAAGAAGCUCAUGCACCACGCCGUGGACCCUGCCGGCGUGGCCCACAAGUACUGGCUGGAGGCCGAGCGCUCGGACCACGCCGUGGGCGGCCCACAGAAGGAGACGCAGGAGGAGAAGGAGGACGCCGUUGCACGCGGCAAGGCCACCGCCGCCGUCAUCGGCAUCCCCGCCAUGGGCACGCGCUUCAACGCGCUCCUCACGGUGCAGGUCCCGCUCAAGCAGCGGCAGCUUCCCCGCCGCGCCAUGCUUGGCUGCGCCAUGGCCGAGAGCGCCAUGCUCUGCUGCGCCACGAACGCCGUGGACAGCUUUGCAAUGAUGGCACCACCUGGCGCCGCCUUGUUCAAGAAGAAGGCAAAGAAGAGCGCAGCCAUGGACCUCUACUCUGGUGGCCGUGGCCGUGGCGGCAGGCGGGCGCGCGGGUGCGCGCGGGCCGAGCCCAAGCUGGGCGUGGCCAACGCAGCCCGGGUCAGCCGCGGCACUGAGGCUGGUGUGUACCAAGGCCUGGCCACCAAACGGCUUGAGCGGGACACGAGCCAGCACGUGACAGUGACCGUGGUCAUGUACAACACGGUUGCGGGCGGGGUGCCCAAGGUGGAGGAUGUUCGGGCGGCGAUUGACGACAUGGAGGCGCUCUACAAGGCGUGCCACUGGACAGGACGGCUUGCGGAUCAAGGCGCUGAUUUCAUGAAGGCCGAACUGACGGUCAAGGACGCCAUGGACAUUCAACACAAGGUCACCCACCAGCCGUACACCGCCACCUCCCAACCGGUUGCAAACUUUGACCAGUUUCCAACAGACUGAACCCCUGCAUGGCUUACGUGUACUCUUGUGUGUAUGUACUGUGUGUGUGUGUGUGUGUGUGUGCACUGUGUGUGUGUACUCUGUGUCUCUGUGUGUAUGAGCGUGUACGCUGUGUUUGUGAGUGUGUGAAUGUUAGAGGUGUUUGCUUCCGUGGUCUUGCUGAUGCUGCAUGCCUGCCUCCUUCCUACUCCUCUGUAAUGCUCCCGCUUUCUUUGACUACUCUCCCAUAAUGGAAGAAACAAUUCUAUCAUCACGUUCAACACGGACACCUUCUCAACUUGGCAUAGCACGGCAACACCACCUCAUCUCACCGACAUCAAUCCACCAACGACACUCAAAGCCGUUUAUUUGAAUCGCCUUGCGAAAAAUGAAGGAACGCGCAUUAGGGGAAGGGAG